AUGGAAAACAAAUGCUGUGGUCAUCGUGUUCUCUGCUCAUUGUCAAAAAUAUAUGCAUUCCUUCUGGGAGCCAUCUUCAUUGCUUUAAGCUCAAGUCGCAUCCUAUUGGUGAAAUACUCAGCCAAUGAAGAGAACAACCUGCGGUACCUAAACUGGAUACAGUGGGCCUCCCUCCUGAUUCUGUUUUUAUCGAUUGUGGCCCUAACUGCCGGAACCAAAACCUCACAGCAUAACUUGGCAGGGCAUGGAUUUCAUCAUGAUGUGUUCUUCCGCCCAUCCAAUUCCUGUUUGGUUUUCAAAGAUGAGGGGCCCAGAAAAGACAAUGACACAUCAAAGAAGUGGCCUUUUCCUGAAUCUAAGUGGAACACCACAGCCCAGGUCUUCAGUCACAUCUCUCUCAGCUUGGGUCAUGUUCUUAUUAUAGUCCAGUGUUUCAUUUCUUCAAUGGCCAAUAUCUAUAAUGAAAAGAUAUUGAAGGAAGGAAACCAGCUCACUGAAAGCAUCUUCAUUCAGAAUGGCAAGCUCUAUUUCUUUGGCGUUCUUUUUAACGCACUCACCCUGGGCCUUCAAAACAAUAAUCGUGAUCAGAUUACGAACUGUGGAUUUUUUUAUGGCCACAAUGCAUUUUCAAUAGCGCUUAUUUUUGUCACUGUGUUCCAGGGCCUGUCAGUGGCAUUUAUCCUAAAGUUUCUGGAUAACAUGUUCCAUGUUUUGAUGGCCCAGGUCACCACUGUCAUCAUCACAACAGUGGCUGUCCUGGUGUUUGACUUCAGGCCCUCCCUGGAGUUUUUCUUGGAAGCUCCGUCAGUCCUCCUUGCUAUAUUUAUUUAUAAUGCCAGCAAGCCUCAAGGCCUGGAACAUGCACCAAGGCAAGAAAGGAUCCGAGAUCUCAGUAAGCCCACACUUUUGCCUUCGGAAAAAUACUGUUCUUACUGGAUACUGGGUCACUGA